CACUGCAGUGAAUAAAAAGUCUCCUCCUCCACACACACACACACGCACACAGGACGAGUUGAGACGAGGAAACAUUUCAACGCUAGAUCAGCGAAGAAGACGAAGAGGACGAUGAUGAUGAGGAUGUCACUGUGAAGUGGUGGGCGGGGCUAAUCCCGCUUGAGCUGUCUGAUUGGAGGGUCGUGAUGAUCGCAACCGGAGGACUCCUGAGGAUCAACGCUCGACGACAGGACUCAGUGAAGACACACAAAACACACACACAAAAGAGAAAGAGGAAAAGAAGGAGGAACGAAGUGGUCGUGGUGAAGGCAAAGGUGAAGCUCUGCUCUCUCCCGGGUCUUGUGGCAGUGCUCGGGGUCCUGGUCUUGCUGGUGGGCGUAGUCAUGGCAGCCCUUGGCUACUGGCCUCGAAGUGGACUGUUGUUCAGAGCAUCACCACAGGAGGGUGCUGCAAUGGCAUCCACAUCAUCCAUCACCCCAACACCAGCUCUCACUGAUGUUCAGGAAGGAGACAAAGGGGCGGGGCUACACAGAGAGGAAGUUGAGAAGGGGGCGGAGCUACACAAGGAUGAAGGAGAAGGUACCUUCAAUGGGACGACCAGACAGUGGCGAGGAUUUCUAGAGGAGUUCCUGUACAGGUAUCUGUACUCUGAUAGGCUGAAGGUCUUGGGUCCUCUCAUCAUGGGUGUCGGUAUCUUCCUCUUCAUCUGUGCUAACGCCGUCCUUCAUGAGAAGCGGGACCAGAAGACGAAGGUCAUCAACCUUCGGGACAUUUACUCAACUGUCAUCGACCUUCACAGCCACCGCAGACCACGCCCCUCUUCCUCCACAGGUUCUGCCCACCGUCCAUUGGCCAAUCCCAUCAAUGGUCUUGUUAACUAUGUCCAAUCAAAGAGCCUGGAAUGUAAACCAAGCUCUUACUCCGCCUCCCUGUUGAGCAGGAGAGAAGGAGGGGAAGAAGAGGGGGGAGGCGGGACUUCAUCUAGGUCACAAGCAGGAGAUGCAGUGUUCAGUAUCUACCAGCCAGAUGAGGCUCCUCCCACUGGCUCCUCCUCUUGUAGCUUUACCCUGCCUUCCCUCUCCCCCUGCCUUCCCUCACCGCAGAGAGUGGAGCCUAGCUUCUACACCUUACCUCUCCGCCGCCCGCCUCCUCCCACCCCCCGCAGGACAUGCUCAGCUCGUGCCAGGAUGGGGCAGGGCUUGAGGGGGGGAAGAGAAGGGGCGGGGGGAGGUGUCAGACAAGUGGACACCUGUCUGUCACCUCUUCUGUGCUCCUCCCCCUCCUUCCAGGAUGCACAAUCAGCUGUGUCCUGUAGUUCCUUCAGCUUUCAUCGGGUGGUGCCAGGAAGCUCUCGGGCCCGCCUCCUUCUGUCCUGCUCCUCUCUCAGCCCCUCACACCUGUCUCUCUCCUCCUCAUUGACACUGACCCCGCCCUGCAGGAGGCGGAGCCUACCCACUGGCACGGGUUACAGUAAACUGAGUAACAGAGAGGACCGUUCAUUUGAGUCGACCGAGAUGACAUCAUCACAGAGGUCAGAGGAAAUUACAUCAUCACAGAGGUCAGAGGAAAUUACAUCACACAGAGGGAAGCUGGUGAUGAUGUCACAGUCUGGUCAGAGGUCAGCUGAGGGAGCCUGUCGACCAAUCAGGACCCAACUCACAGAAUGACAUCACAACACUGGAGUCAUGUGAUAUUUUAAUGGCAUCACAAAGAUUUCUCUGGACCUGGGGCCUGUUUCAGAAAGCAGGUUCAACAAACUCCGAGUUAAACCUUAACUCUAGAUUGACCAACUCUGAGUUUUGGGUUUCAGAACAGCUGAUCAGCAUUAGCUCAAUCAACUAUGAGUAUGUUCACUCUGAGUUCAGUGUGUGUGUUGGGAAUGAAAAAAGCCAUCAUCGAUGGAGCUCUGAUACUAUGAUUCACCAUGGCAACAGGUAAACAAAUGGCGCAUUUCCGCUGGCUCUACACGCCUCGCCUCGCCACGGCAUGGUUUAAGUAGCGUUUCCACUAGCCUAGUA